GAAAUAUUACACUACAUGACGAAACCCGCCAAUGUCGAUAUUUUGUCAGUUUGGGCCAGAAUUCUCCUACUGUUCCCUCACAAUGGUAGUGGAAGUCAGUGUCCCGCUCCAGCUCUUAUUUUCCUUGUUUCUCUUCACCACGCCCUGCUACGCCCACACCCAGCGAGACACAAGACCUUCGUGAGGGGAGCGACACCCCCUGAAAGCCCUGAGGUCCCUGGAAGCCGCAAAAUGCCGAAAAAUAGGAAAAAUAAGGCCGCUGCUGCCGUCGCCAUGACAGCAGCCAGCGUACAAGAGGAGGAUGAAAUGAGUGUGGCAAGCGACAAAACAGAAUCAACAGUCCAGCUCAGCGAUGACGAGGGUGUGUCCGAGGAGGAGGCGUAUGAACAGAAAGUAAGAGAAGCAAUGGACUUGGCGUUGGAAAAGUCCGUUCACACACGCACGAACGCACUCACGGCCCUCACCACAGCACUGCAGAAGAGAGUGCUGACGGUGUUCCUGGCAGAGCACCACGGGACCCUCCUUGACCUGGUGGAAAGGUCACUGAAGAAAGGUCGCGGGACUGAGCAGGUCGCGGCAGCUAGACUUGCUUCCCUUCUGGUCCUUAGUAUGUCAUCUAUGCCGGAGGUGGAGGAGGUGUACCAAGCAUUGUGUCCCAUCCUGUGCGUUGCUGUGACGGACCCAGCUGGCCCCCGGGACGGCAGGACAGAGUGCGCCCACACCCUGGCACUCACAACCUUCCUGUCCUGCGGUGACCUGGCACAAGUUACUGCCACCAUGAACACUCUCCACACUGUGUUCGCUGCCUCACUGCCAAAGGGUAACGGGGAGCUACCCACCCACCCCCCCGCCCUGACAGCCCUUCACACCGCAGCCCUUAAUGGUUUUUGCCUUCUCCUCUGCCUGGUGUCUCCCUCCUCUGUGCACACCAUGGCCCCUAAACUGGUGAAGGAGAUGUUUGACCUUUUGGGGAGCGCUGACCUUGACCUUAGGAUACAGGCGGGAGAGGCUGUGGCGCUGCUUUACGAGUCAACGCGUUCACAUGACCCAAGAUUCAGAUGGACCAGAGAGAAGGAACUGUGUGCUAUGCUGAAUGAGCUGGCCACCGAUUCUCACAAGUUCCGUGCCAAAAAGGAUCGCAAACAGCAACGAGCCUCCUUCAGGGACGUGGUUAGGACCGUGGAAGGCAAGGAGGAGGAAGUUAUAGAGGAGACAGUUAGCAUCGGGCCACAGCUGCAGCGUCAAGAGCUUCUACUGGACAGCUGGUCUCUGCGGCUCCAGUACCAGGCCCUCUGUCGCGUUCUCACCCAGGGACUCAGUACUCACUUCACCUUCAAUGCUGGGGUCCGUGAUGUGUUUAGCCUGGGUCCGCCGCCCAUCCAGCUGGACCCUAACAUGGCGUCCCUGGCGCGGCGAGGCCAGAAGAAGAUGAACAGGGAGUCGCCGGCCACCAAGGCUCGCCAGAUGGCCAGGAACAAGAGUAGAGACAAUCGAGCUGCUGCCAAGACCUACGAUGACUGAUGGGGGGGCGGGGGGGUCUCCUAGCCUGGCCGACCUUUGACCUUGUGACCUUUUUUGACCUUUCUCAUAGCUUUCCUCUUGUUUUCAUAGGCUAUCCAGUUGUGUGUGACUGGCGAUCUUUGUUUUAGUCUUUUUCAUGGCCUGUGUGACCUUUCUGACCUUUUUUGCCUUAUUUCAUAGCUCACCUGACCUUUUCUGACCUUGUUCUUAGUCUUUUUCAUGACCUGUGUGACCUUUCUGACCUCUGUCUUUUUUUCAUAGCCCACUCGACCUUUUCUGACCUUGUUCUUAGUCUUUUUCAUGGCCUGUGUGACCUUUCUGACCUUUCUUUAUUUUUUCAUAGCUCACCUGACCUUUUUCUGACCUUGUUCUUAGUCUUUUUCAUGACCUGUGUGACCUUUCUGACCUCUUGUCUUUUUUUCAUAGCCCACUCGACUUUUUCUGACCUUGUUCUUAGUCUUUUCAUGGCCUGUGUGACCUUUCUGACUUUUUUGCCUUAUUUCAUAGCUCACCCGACCUUUUCUGACCUUGUUCUUAGUAUUUUCGUGGCCUUUCUGACCUCUGACCUUUUUUUGCCUUAUUUCAUAGCUCACCCGACCUUUUUCUGACCUUUGACCUUUCUGUGUUAUCUUUUUAAUGGCUUACUUGACCUUUUCUUACCACUUUCUUGACCUUUGUGACCUUUUUAUU